UUGUUCCGUGAAUUGAAUGCGACCAAGAAACCCACUCUUUCUCUCUCUCUCUAAGAUUGUUCUCUCUCUCAUUCUCUCUUUCCUACAAAUAUGAGAAUGCUUCUCAAAUUUUCUUCCAACUUCUUCUACAACCCUUGUGAUUUUUUCCUUCCUAAGUUUGUUCUUCUUUGAUUCUAUACCUUUUAAAGAAAACAGGUUGAAAAAUAGAACCCAAGAACAAAACUGGGCUUCUCAAUCCUUUCUUUGUCCCUUUGAUUAAUACCCUCAGCUCCACCCAAAUAUAUAUAUAUAUAUAUAUUUAUAUAUAAUUGAAAAAAAAAAAAGCUUAUUUUUUCUCCUGUAACAACUGCCACCUUCAAAAGGGUGAAUCUAGAAUCGCAAGAGCAAAUAUAUCCAUGGGAGAAGCGCCGGCUUUUUUGGCUGAUGAGCUGCAGAAGGGAUUUCCAAAUGGGUUGGAUUUGAAAUCAAACGGCUGUGAAACAUCCAUCGUCAUCGGCCAGAAAACAUACGUGAUUGGUGAAACCUCUGAUGAGUCAACAUUAUCAAUUGGAGUUCAAAUUUUUGACCAAUGUAGUGGUGAAUGGGUAUAUCCUACUGUUUUGGGGACAAAACCCAAGCCAAGCAAAGGCCAUUCAGCAGUAGUUCUAAAUGAAGAGAGAAUAUUGAUUAUUAAGAAGGGUUCCAAUUCAGAUGAUUGUGCUUGGUUUCUUGAGGUGGAUACUCAAUAUGUUAGGCAGCAAAGAAAGAUUUUGGGUACUGAGGUUGUUGCUUGGAGCAAGGGUGUUAGUGGUAAUGCUGAGAAGCCAGUAGUUAUAAGUGGUCCCUCUGGAGUAGGUAAGGGUACAUUGAUCUCCAUGCUCAUGAAAGAAUUCCCAACCAUGUUUGGGUUCUCUGUGAGUCACACAACCCGUGCUCCGAGGGGCAUGGAAAAUGAUGGGGUCCAUUAUCAUUUCACCGAGCGCAGUGUAAUGGAGAAAGAGAUCAAAGAUGGAAAAUUCCUUGAAUUUGCUUCUGUCCAUGGUAAUCUUUAUGGUACCAGUGUUGAAGCAGUUGAAGUGGUUGCUGACGAAGGGAAGAGAUGCAUUCUAGACAUUGAUGUUCAAGGGGCAAGGUCAGUGAGGGCUAGUUCAAUUGAGGCUGUAUUUAUCUUUGUAAGCCCGCCCUCAAUGGCAGAGCUUGAGAAGCGCCUUCGUGCAAGGGGAACCGAGACAGAGGAACAGAUCCUAAAGCGACUCCGAAACUCUAAGGCAGAAAUUGAGCAAGGGCGGUCAUCAGGCAUCUUUGAUCAUUUCUUGUUUAAUGAUAAUCUUGAAGAGUGUUAUGCUAGUCUGAAGAAACUCUUAGGACUUGAUGAAACUGUCUAUACUUUCCCUGAAUCAACACCUAAAACGGUUGAUCUCCCCACAUUUCGUUCGAUAUCCAAAAUUGGUAACAAAGUCAUCAUAAACUGCAGAACUCCUGAUCUUGAAAAAGUAUCAAAGAACUUGAUUGCGCUAGAUGUAUCGUCGAUCAAAGGAGGUGCACCGGGGCGGACAAGAGGUCUUGACAUUUAUACCAUGGACUCAUUAUUGGAUGGCCUGGAUGCGAACAAUCAACUUAGCUGACAUUUACAACCCACAAGAUGACUAAAUUUGAUUUUCUUUCUCAUUUUCGAAUUUUCUUUGAAUCUUUCUCUCAAUUUAAUUUCAAAGAAGAGAACAGUGAUGAAUCUCUAAGAUGGGACAAUAUGAGAUUAUCACAUAAAUUGCAAUUUUUUUUUUUUCCCUUCCCCAGUUUUCCAUUCUUUGCCCGUUUACAUAUUAUAUGACUGGAGCAUAAUGUUCAAACGAUUAUUUUGUCCACAUUGGCGAUCAGAGAUGAUUUAAAUUUCACGCGGCAAUGAAAAAGUAGUUCGGUUUCAAA